AUGGCGGCCCCCUGCGCACCAACAAACGCUCUGUUGCGGACCCUAGGGCGAGCAUUGAGAGAACAACAGCUGAGACCUUCAAACACAGCCAUACGGUAUCGACAUCGUGUACGAUCAGUGGCUACCUUUACUCAUCCUCGACAUGCUCAAGCCAUUUCUGUCCUCCCUACUGCUGUAGACAAGUCUAGUCAUGAUUUCAAAGACAACUCAGCCCAGCUAAGCGAGAUCAUGUCCAAAUACUCAGACCUGCAUCUGAAGGUUCAGCAAGGUGGCUCCAAAAAAGCAAGAGACAAGCAUGUGGAAAGAGGCAAGAUGCUGGCAAGAGAUCGGGUCACGGCCCUCAUAGACCCAGGAAGUCAGUUCAUGGAACUUUCUCCUUUGGCUGCACACGAAAUGUAUGAGGACGACAUAGCAGCCGCUGGUAUCAUUACCGGUAUUGGGACUGUCGAAGGCGUUACGUGCAUGAUCGUGGCAAACGAUGCCACCGUCAAAGGAGGGACAUAUUACCCCAUGACAAUCAAGAAGCAUCUGCGAGCUCAGGAGAUUGCUCAACAGAACAGAUUGCCCUGCAUAUACCUGGUGGACUCGGGUGGUGCGAAUUUGCCAAACCAAAAGGACGUCUUUCCAGACAGAGAUCACUUUGGUCGCAUUUUCUUCAACCAGGCCAGGAUGAGUAGCCAGGGCAUUCCGCAAAUCGCUGUCGUUAUGGGCCCUUGCACUGCUGGAGGAGCAUAUGUCCCUGCAAUGUGUGAUGAGUCGAUCAUCGUGCAAAAACAGGGAACCAUCUUCCUUGCUGGGCCACCACUAGUCAAAGCUGCGACAGGAGAAGUGGUGUCUGCGGAAGAUCUCGGUGGUGGAGAACUGCACAGUUCCAUCUCUGGCGUUACCGACUACCUUGCCGUGGACGAUGCACAUGCUCUUGUCCUGGCUAGAAGGUCUGUAGCCAACUUGAAUUAUCCUGCAGAACAGCCCGCUCCAUUCGAAGUCAAGGAACCCCUUUAUGACCCAGAUGAGCUAGCCGGUAUCGUUGGCACCAACCUUCGCAAGCAAAUUCCCAUGCACGAGAUCAUUGCCCGCAUCGUCGAUGGUAGCGAGUUCGCCGAGUUCAAGAAAGAUUAUGGUACAACUCUGCUGACUGGCUUCGCCAAAAUAUACGGCCACCGUGUCGGAAUCAUCGCCAACAACGGCAUUCUUUUCUCCGAAUCCUCUCUCAAGGGCGCACACUUCAUUGAGCUAUGCUGCCAGCGCAACAUCCCCUUAGUGUUCCUGCAAAACAUCUCAGGUUUCAUGGUAGGCGCUGACGCGGAGAAAGGUGGCAUCGCCAAGAACGGCGCGAAACUUGUCACUGCCGUUGCCUGCGCUAAUGUCCCCAAGUUCACCGUGGUCGUUGGAUCGUCUGCAGGUGCGGGCAAUUAUGGUAUGUGUGGACGCGCCUACUCGCCACGCUUCCUAUGGAUGUGGCCCAACGCCAAGAUAGGCGUGAUGGGCGCUGAUCAAUUGACCGCCGUUAUGGAGACCGUGGGCAAGUCGGUUGAUCCCGAGCUGAGAGAUCGCAUUGAGCGUGAGAGCGAUGCAGCGUUCUCGUCUGCGCGGCUGUGGGACGAUGGAAUCAUUCCACCGGCGCAGACGAGGCACAUGCUCGGCCUCGGCCUCAAGGCUGCGUUGGGCGGCAGCUCCGAGGAGGCGAGCACCAAGUUUGGUGUAUUCAGAAUGUAG